UUACCCACAACCCCCCGCGGGCUCGGCUCAUGGCGGCGGAACCUGGCGGGCACGGAGGAACUGGAGCUUCACAGUAACGCGACGUGCAGCGUCUGGUCGACGAACUCUCGACUGUUUCCUGGCUUUAACGGCGCUGCUAAGGCUUGAGCUGGGCUCGCCCGGUGUUUCAGUAGCGUUGGCGCGAGCUAACACGUGCAGGUGGCUGCCUCCCUGCGUUCAGCGCUCCUGCUCACCGCGUCUCCAGGGCGCGCGCGCGAGUGACCCGGACCGUUCAGGGGGGGCCACGCUAGCGUCUGUUGGCAAGCCGCGCCGCCACCGUCCCUCGACCGAGAAUGUCGAGUCAUGCGAUACAGCCCUAUGUACUGGACCCGGAAUCUGAGCCCGAAAAUGAAGACGCACCCGCGCGACCUGGAGACCUGUCGCCAUGGGGUUCCGCUGGGAAACGCUGCGAGUCUCCAGGUGGAGCGGACCAGGUGUGCAGUGCAGGACCGCUGAAGAGGUUUGAUGUGGGACCCGGGCCGAGGCGCGUCACCUGUCUCAGUACAACUCCGUUCAUGAGCGUUUUUGGGGCGAUGGCCGUCCAGCGGUCAUGUGCUGUGGAGGCAGCGCCUGCGGCAACUUUAUCUACUGCAAGUUCCAUCAGGACUGCGCCAUCCUGCUGAAGUCUUUGACUCCUUCCUCGUGGCCAUGACGGUAUGUGUGCUGCCUUUUACUCGUAUAACGGCCUCUUGCUUCGUAUGAUAAUGUAGUCAUGUUCUGCGCUGCAGUAAAUUCAAGGCGUUGCGUUCACCUGUUUCACUUUUAUUGAAUGCCUCUGAUCCAAAGUGGUAUAGGUGUGACUUAUGUCAUCAUCGUUUACAGGUGGAGGAAAAAAAAUCUGAGGCUGCAGAGGAGCUGGACUCCACCCAGGCCAAAGAUGAGCGACACGAUGCAGGCUUCCAAACUUGAAUGAAGAAUAAAAUAAUCCAAACCAUGUGAACAAAGCGGCCUGUUCUGUUGUCUGCUGGAGAGUGGAGUGUCGACGGGUCCACCUGCUCUGAGCAGGCCCUCGUGGCUGGAGGCAAACUUGGUCUGAUGUAGGCAGCUGUGAUUUCACAUUCCGAGCAAAAGCCGACUCUUCUUUGAUGACAGAAGCACUCUUUUUGGUCUCUCCAGGGUUUGGUUCAGUUUGGUGUUGAAUGAGGCGCGUGGUUUCGUCACCACGUUCUGAGGUCCAGUGUCAGCACUUAACCACUUCCAAAUCAUUGGUGUUUUCAUUUGAAUCUACACUCGAAACCUGAGUAUGACCUGCAGCCGGUCCAAGCUAACGCGAACCUCAGACCAUGAGACUCUGUCAUACAGUGUUGGGCAUGAAAAGUUGUCUAGUUCACUUUCCACAAAGUUCCAAUUUGACCUUUUGGAGUCUCUUAAAAGUUUCGGCGCUUCCUUAGCCUCCAUCUUCAUCCUCGUUCAUUCGCGUCGUUCAUUGCUGCACUUGCCUGUCUGCAAUGUUACCAGAGAGAUCAGGACGUGGUCAAACAUGAAGUGUUUCUUUCUGAUUCAUGUCAGUCUGCUGGCGUCAGAGUGAAGCCUGAUAUAAGCCCCCCAUGGACAUGGACAUAUUACUGAACGCGUAUUCAUCACUCAUUAAUCACAGCAUUGCUCUUCACUAUUAAAAACAACGCUCCUGACAAGACCAAUGGAAGCCAUUACUCCUUUCAGCUAUUUCCCACUCUGCAAGAAGCUCAACUCUGGUCUGAAGAGGUUCAACACGCACGCACGCGCACGCGCACCAAAGUCACUGGAAACUCACCAAUGUUUGGGAAGUGUGCUCGUGGAUAUUUACAUGAACUUCCCACGUCACCAUCAUCAACACGAAAUGAUACGCAAACUUUGAAAUGGACUGAAUUCAAAUGAGACGAUCAUUAGCUCAAGCGUCGUUUGAACGGAUCCGGUGGAGGCGCGGGAGGGAACUGGUCAGGUGGCGAUGCGGUAUAGUACAUGCUUUACGGUAAUACUCCGUAUCCGACUCCAUCCAUGGUGCUUGAUCGUUGUUCACCACCUGGGCGCAAUGGCAGCAGGAAUACAGACGUGAGACGAGCUGCGGGAUGUGUCCGACGCAGCCGCUGACCGCGGCCCCUCCGUGCGCGCGUCACCCCGCGCACCCUCGCGGGAGGAGGGGGCUCGCGGGCUCGCGGCUGCAGCACUAUUAAACAUGGCGGACUCGGAGGAAUUUAGGCGAAAACGUUGGAUGUUUUGCAAUUGCGGCUCCGCAUGAUUGCAGCCAGCGAGGAACCACGCAAAGAUAUGUUGGAGAAAGCUUGGAUCAGCGAAGAGGGGUCUGUUGUUGUACUGGCCAGAGCGUGGCCUUAGCACCGACUAGUGGUGAGGACAAGUGGCUGAUGUUGGCGGACAUCUUGGUUUGUGCUGCGUCCCUGUGCUGGUGUGUAAUAUCACUGUUAUCCUCUGGAGGCAGUAAAAGGUCCCUCAGAAGAAAUUUGACCCACAUUUCACAAACUUUAAGAGCUUCUCUCGUCUUUUCACUUGUAUAUUUCUUAUUAUUGUAGUUUUGUAGACAUGCGAUGGUCGUGAAAUUAGUCUUUCUCAUUUUUCAAUGGACUCAGGACAUUUCAACUCUCCUUAAUGUAUCACCUCUUUUGUUUACCUGAUACCAACCACAUUCACCUAAAAUGACUAACAAACGUGUGAAGAUGUCGUUUCUAAAUUUUCAUAAACGGGUGGGUGGGACAAAUUUCCACUGCUGUGUUCCACAGUGCACAGCGUCAUCCAGAUUUAAUUCAUUUUUAAGCUUCCAUAAGUUCCCGAAAGACCCAGAAUUGAAGAAGCUAUGGGUCAUCAAAACACGGAGAGACACUAAGCCUGGCACAAAACACGGCAGAGUCUGCAGUCUGCACUUUCCCAGGGGAGAUGUGACUGAGGCACAAUCCCCUGGUGGCCGCAGGCGUCUGAGACAGGGAGCUGUCCCACUGCUGUUUCAGUGGAACAACUUCUCACUACCUGACCCACUGCCUGGAGUUCCAGAACGAACAGAAGAAGAACCAAAUGAUGAUGCCAUUCAGAGCGCAGACAUGAGUGAGGUGGAGAAUUCUUCAGAGGAAGACUUUUCCUGCGAUACCAAAUCUGCUACACUUGAUGUGGCUCUGAGCUCCACGGAGGAUCUUCAUUCAGAAACCGACCGGGAGGAAAUGGCUGUCGGCAACAGUGAUGAGGACGAUGGCGCAAGUUUCUUCACAGGACGUCCAAGCCAUGCUGAAGUGAGUCAGAUCAAUUCAACAACACAUGAGAUCGAGCAAGACGCAGGCCCAGAGGCUGCACCUCAGACCCAAGUCACUGCUAUGCACGAUCAGCAAAUGUCUCGGAUGUUUGAUGAGGUGAUGGGAUUGGGAGAAUUUGCUGACUCCUCCAGAAGUUCGACCUCCUUAUCCAAGACUGGAGACCAGAACGUCGCCGCGGCUGACAAGACCCCAGGACCAGCUGAUGACGAGAGCAAUGACAGCAGACAAGAGGACAGGUGGGAUGACGGUGGUGAAGACCUGUCCUUUCCACAAGCCUCUCCCACUGACCGGGCGUCCUUGCUCACCAGGAGUGCAAAAGAUGCCGCGUUUGAUGAUGCAAUUGAUGGACUUCCAACCUUUGUGCCUGAGGAUGAUGAAGAGUGGAACUUUUCAUUGCCAAUCGGUUCCCUGGAGGACACGGACAAUUUGAAAAUGAAACAGUCCUGUGUGGGCAAUGAUGAGAUGAAGAAGCAGCGGCUAGAUGACGAGGAUGAAGGUCAGCGAGGUAGGAAUGGGACCAAUGGAUCCGCUGACGCCUCCAAAGAACACACACCUGAGGACAGUCGAGAUUCUGCCGAGCUCAAUCGUACAGGUUCAGAUGACAGCCAUCGAAAAGAGUCAAAGACCGCGGCUGCAGAAGACCCACCCAUGUCCCCCAUUGCCAACAUUAAAGAUGAACCCAUUGAUGAGGGCUACGAAGCAGCUCUGCUGCCUCAGGGCUCCAUCGCAGAAAUCAAGGAGGAGCUGGAGCAUGAGGAGGAGCAGCUGAGGAUCAGCUCUGUCUACUCUGUUGGCGGUGCCAAUUCCUUUGCCCCGCCAAUGGCACCGACUCCAGUUCUGGCUUCAGCUUUAGCUCCAGCACCUGCUCCCGGUCCAACUGCCAUAUUAUUUCCAACUAGAGGUGGAACUGUUUUGCAGACCAUCCCUCUGAAACCAGCUGUAACUCUACCUAGUUCUCAAACGAUUGUGUCAGUCGCACCUGUACGUCCUCCUCCGCCUCCUCCCAUUCCAGGAAGUGUUCGCUGCUCUGGUUGCUCCAAGGUUCUGCUGAAAGGUCAAACGGCAUUUCAGAGAAAAGGCUCAACACAGCUCUUCUGCUCCACCAUGUGUCUGACUGGACAUCUUCCUCCUGCCACCAAAGUCAUCGGUCGAUCCUGCUCCCAGUGCAACAAGGAGAUCCUACAGCCGAGGGACAUGAUCACAAUCCCCACUGAGGAGAAGACCUACUUGUACUUCUGUGGCCAGUUCUGCCUGUCAGUCUUUAGACACAAGAACAAGCAGCCUGAAAAGCUUCUGGAAAAAUGGACGCCUGAAAAGCGGCUAGAGAAAAAGCCGGAGAAGCCGCCGGAGAAGCCAGCUGAGCGGCAACAGGACCGCUGUAGUGUGUGCCGAGUCAUCAAUAGGAUCGAGCACGAGGUCAGCCACCAAGGUCGUGUGCACAAACUUUGCAGUGAUGCCUGCUUUGUUACGUGGCGCAGAAUUCGGCAGUUGGCCCUGAACUGCUGCGAGGGCUGUGGACUUUAUUGCAGCAGCAACUCGACAUCCUGCCAAACACUGACCAUUGAAAACAUUCAGAUCAACUUUUGCGGUCUGACCUGCGUCAGCACAUUUGCCCAGAGCUCCAAGAAGCUAAUCGAUUGUGCCAAGUGCCGUAAAAUGGUGGUGGUGUCUACUGCCCUCUUGGAACGGGACGCAAAAGGAAAAGUUCAGCUUUUCUGUUCACAAGCUUGUGCAGAACGAGGUCGGCCGGCUGGCCACCUACUGAAUGGCACCUCGUUUCCGUGUAGCCAGUGCAAAGUCACGGCGGUCCCACAAUACCACCUGGCCAUGGUAGAUGGCACCAUUCGUAACUUCUGCUCGCACGACUGUGUAUCUACUUUCAGGAAAUAUGGGGCAGACCUGAUCAACGGAACCUCCCCUAUAAAAGACUCUGGCAACAAAGAAUCUCCCAAACUUGGGCCCGCGUCUGGAGCAAACUCUGUCCCAUCUUUUGCUCAAGACCUCCAGUCCUCAGUUUCCUAUCCCGGACACCAACAUGUCAAUUCUUCAGUGCCUCCGUUGGCAUCGCCGUAUCCUGCCAUGUCGUCCCCUUCUGUGCCUGGACUGGGCCAAGCCAAUUCCCCGCCAAACCAGACAGAACCAAGUGACCCCUCCAAAGUCACCUGCCAUCAUUGUAGCAAGCGUAUUUACACUAAACCCCUGCUGCUUAGUUACAAGAGUCGAAUCUCAGUCUUCUGCUCAUCUACGUGCUGCGAACUUUACAAGCGCCAGAAGAACAUUGUGGUCACAUGUGAUAGCUGUAAACUGGAGAAGGUGCUCCAUGACAUGAUCAACUGCAACCAACAAGAUGUCUUCUUCUGCAGUGAGAACUGUAAAGUGCGCUACAGGAACAACGAUCUGUGGCGUACCUGCAGCUACUGCUCGAGUGUCAGCCAGAAGAUGCUGCACAGCCACUAUGGAGGCAAGGUGGAGGAGUUCUGUAGACCCAACUGCAUGUCCCAGUUCACUGUGCUCUAUUAUGGGAUGGGUCGGUGUGACAGCUGCAGGAAACAGGGCUACCAGUCUGAGAAGCUUCAGUGUUUGGGUUCAGUCCGUAACUUCUGCAACAUCACCUGCCUGCUGCAUUACUGCAACAUGUACUUUGAGAAAAACCACCGCGGGACCAGUCAUGGCACUGGAACAGCACCGCACAACACUCACGUAGCUCCGACUCAACCCAACGACUCUUCGAAGAUGAACCCUGUCAUCGCAGAUGUCGUGUCACUGGCUAACGGCUCUGCCACUCAACCCAACGCUACAACAGAUGCUGCUUUAACUGGCUCCAUCCCAUCCUCCACUUCUGAAGGAAAGAGCCUGGACCAUGCCAGUACUCAGACUGACGCCAUGCGCUCGUCUGUGCCGCGGCGGAGACAGAUGAAAAACAAAUCAGUCCUCUGCCGACCUUUUACCUUGGACCAAGAAAGUAUGUGCCAAUUCCCCACAACGUCCACAGAUUCUCCAGCUGUGUCGGAUGCGGAUGAUUCUCCAGCCGCGGAAGGGAAAGUGAAGAUGGUGAUGGUGCCAAUUCCAGUGCCGGUCUUUAUUCCUGUGCCUGUGCAGAUGUACUCCGAGUGCACACCUGUUCCCAUGGCCAUGCCUGUGCCAGUCCCGGUGCCUGUUAUGGUCCAACCCCCAAUGAAAGUUGUUCAAGAUGCUUGGGUUCAGAUGGAUUCAGUUGCAGAAGGCAGAAGCCUACCAGAAGAGGUCACUCUUCUCAAACCAACAAGUGAAGCAGUUGGGGGUGAAACGACUUCAGAGGGUGCAACAGACUCAAUCGUGGCCCAAGUCGAACCCUCUACCUCCAGUCACCUGCUACUGCCUUCUUCUCCGGUGAUGGAUCUAGAGUCUGACUUCCCAACUGCCCUUUUGACUCAGAGGUCCAGACUGAGAGGGAUGAAGAGAACCAGAGGUGGUGGGGACGGUUCUUACCCUAGGAAACGGGGUCGUAAGAAAAAAGGCCUGGAUCGCAGUGCCGUGGUGUCCUCAGAGAGCCCCGUACUGAACCAGCAGUACGGGCUCCAUGCCUGGGUCCACUGGGUCAGGCAGCGGCUCCAAAUGGACUCGGAGUCAUUGAUGGUGAACGAAGAUCUCCUGCAGUGUGACUCCACGCAGCUCAGCGUUGCACUGGCCCACUUUGUGAAAGAGGUGCGCCGGCCAAACGGACAGAGCUACACUCCAGACAGCCUUUUAUACCUUUGUCUGGGGAUCCAGCAGUACCUGUUCACAAACGGUCGCAUGGAGAACCUCUUCACGGACGAGCUCUACAGCCCGUUUGCCAGCCAGCUCAGCGGCAUGCUCCGAACGUGGAGCCCAACCCCGGUGACCAGAGGUGGCCUUGUUUCCUCUCGGGUGCACGAGUCCCACCUGUGGGAGUGCAAGCAGCUGGGCUCCUACUCACCCGCUGUGCUGCUCAACACGGUUCUCUUCUUCUGCACGAAGGGCUUUCGCCUCCACACCCUGGAGCAGCACCAGAGACUUUGCUUCUCAAACCUCGCCAGCCUCUCUAAACCCAGCGCGCACGGUGGCCAAGUCCAGUACCUGGAGUAUCAACCGGGGGCUGCCGCACCCAGCUUGGCUGAAGCAGACUUGAAACGGGAGCUGCUGGAGAACGUGAGCGACCCUCGCCACUGUCCCGUCAGACUGUACGAAUUCUACCUCUCGAGAUGCCCUGAGUCAGCAAAGAGGAGACCUGGGUUGUUGUACCUUCAGCCAGAGAAGAACGUCACACACAGUCCCCACUGGUACUCUUGUCAGCCACUAGAGAGCGCCACCCUACAGAACAUGCUGUCCCGCGUCCUGGCUGUGGAAGAGGUCAUCCAGGAGCGCCCUCCCUCCACUCUCAAGACUUUUGCUGGUGACCGUUGACGUCCUCCUCCGUGGGUUGCUGCCACAUUGGCGACUCCCGCUGGACCCAGAACGGUGACCACUCAUCAUCACCCGUGACUGAAACGUGAACGUAGUGCCGGUGUUCGUGUGGCCACUUGGACUCGAGGCCCACAUCAGGACUGAAUGGCGGUGCACCUGUCCAGGCCGGGUCCCGCAGGAAUACUUGAACAUGUAAGCACAGUGGUGUCCUACGUUCCCCGAGCCUCUGCUGGUGCUUGGUGGCGGUGGAGGAAUGAGUUUGCUUCAGUUGAAACGGACAACGCUCACUUCUGUCAGUUCUCAUGACGAGGUUCAGCCUUCUGUGCGCCUGAGUCCGUCACGUUUUCAUCAGCUGGGUGAAGCGCUCGUGUUUGGUAUUAGGCUCUGUACAUGCACUGACAGCGUUGCCCACUAGGGGGCCCUCUGAGUCUCAUGAGCAGCCUUAUGACUUUCCAAUUACAUUCGGUUCUGUGGUCGUUGAACUUGUUGGUGUUUCGGGUGAUUGAAAUACACUACUGAAGACAGGUGGGGUUCAUGAGAGGUUACCGGCAAGUCCCGUUUUGAUCAGCAUCAAGAAGAGCGCCAUGCUUUGUGCACCAGUCCGAUCUUCUGAAUUUGGUUUUAGAUUCGUCAGCUGUUCUAUUUAACAGUGAGGCAGCUUCGGCCUCCGUUUUUCAGUUGUGCCGCUGAUUGUCCUGGCGCGGUGACGUAGCGCAUUCUGUUGAUGUCCGUAUAACAGGUUGGUUCUGACCGUGGGUGACCGUCAGCCAUGAUGGCACUGGGGAGAAGGUUGUCGACAGGGUCCAAGCCAAACAGACCUUCCCGGGAGGUGGACCUCUGUGUGGCUGCUGUGCCACGCCCCCCUGCUUCGACGAGUGACCUUGGGCAGCGACCCGGUGGGGGCACAUCAGUUGUGUUGUGUCCUGCUGCCCUCACAGCGCUCCACAUGCUGCGCCCCCGAGGCGGCAGCUGUGGCUCUCCUUGUGCGAGGAGGCCACUUCAGCAUCCUCCUCUCCACAGGUAAGGCUCUGAAGUCGCUGCCGCAGUUCAGCCAGAUGUGACGCGGUAUCGUGAGGCGAGCGUGUUGAUGUGCUGCUCUGCUCUUUCUGAACUGUUUUCUUCCACGCCUCGACCGCCAGCGAGCACCUGUUUGAGGCGGACCAACAUCUCAUUUCCACCAUCUCACUGUCGCUCCUUUACUACUGUGGUAGGAAACAGAAAUGUGUUGCAGAUGAUGUUUAGCUGUCAUUGUAUAUUAAAGGAAUAUUUGCUAUCAAAGUUGCUCAG